AGGGAGGGGCUGCGGUGGACUUCAGCCUCCAUCCAGCCGUCUGUCGGUCCGUCAGUCCGUCAGUCCGCCCAGCAGCAGCAGCAGCAGCAGAUAGUCUCACCGUGAGUCCACAUGGCUGAUCUCCAGGAGAAGUUUAAUGCAGCAGCAAAUGAAGUGAAGCAGCUGAAGGCGAAGCCGACAGAUGAAGAGAUGCUGCAAGUCUAUGCGCUGUACAAGCAGGCCACUGUGGGUGACGUGAACACAGCUCGCCCAGGGAUGUUGGAUUUCACUGGAAAAGCUAAAUGGGAUGCCUGGGAGAAGCAGAAAGACAAGAGCAAAGAUGAUGCCAUGAACGAGUACAUCAAGCUGGUGGAGGAGCUGAAGAAGAAGUACGGAACCUAAAGCCACAUGAUUAAAAUCAAGUGGCUGGCACAGCUGCUGGAUGGACUGAGACCAUCACCAGUCAUCCUUCUGCCCUGACACUGUGAAACACCUGAAAAUGCCAACAGUGUGUUCUUACGCACCCGACUUGAGUGCCUGGUGGACUGCUAGUGGUUCCAGUGAGAUUAAGGUGGCCUGAGUAACUACUUAUGCACAUUCAGAAGCUUUCCUCUGCCAGUCCACCAUCAUGUUUUAGUCUUUUCAGCAUCAUCAUGUAUGUGAAAAAACACAGUUUCAAUAUAAAAUCCAGUCUUCUCGAA